GAGACGGAGGAAAAAAAAGCAAGAGGCGAGCCCCUCCGUUUGCGCGUCAGCAUCCCCUCAAAUAGCAAGCUGCUGCUGUCACUUCUGUCCAGCACACUGACAGAUAUACGACUGCAGCCCCGAAACAACUAUUAAAGGCCAAUUCCAAUUUGGCAUGCGGUGAUUUUUUUUGUCUCCCCUUUUUGAUGCCAAAGAAGGAGCAUAAAGGGAGGCUGUGAGGAGGCUGGAGCUUUGCAAAAGAAUGAUAGUGAGGAUCAAGGCGCGCAGUCCCAGGAGAACUCAUCCAGAGAGCUGGCCGUGAGAGAUGCUCCUCUAACACACCCGGGGUUUUCCUGAUCCGACGGUCUGAGUUGCGGUGCUGGAGUUUGAGUGAAAGUGAGGGAGUGGGCCAGACGGAGUGGGUGUCAUGGCUGACAGGAACGGACCAGCUUCGGACCCUAAAUACCAAAACCUGCUGCUCCUGGGAGCCAUCGCAGCAGCGUCCGCCUUUGUGGUCACCAUCCUUAUCGUCCUUGUUUGCGUAGGUUGCCAAAGAAAAAGCAAGAGCAAGCACCCCCCAGCUGGAGAAAAAGGGACAUCUGUAAAUAUGCAGGGUACUCUUCGGCAUCCAAAACUGAACUCCAUGAGUAAAUCUGACACCAGGCUCCAUGAGAUCAACCGCUUUCCCUGCAAUGGAAACUCUGUUAGUAAGAGCCGCCCAGCCAGCAUGGACCUCCUGCUCCUUCACAGCCGGCGUUCCCAGACGGACCUGAGGCCCUCCCAUGGGCGCCAGCUCCCUCAGAUCCCCACCAGUCCACAAGGAUCUGGCCAGGGGGUCGGAGGAGGGGACUCAGUAAGCGAGGGAGGAGGUGGCGGAGGGGAGGCUAGGGACCACACCUACACAGAAGUGGGCCUGCGAAAGAACCCCACUCCCACACACUACCUGGACGAUGGCCUAUAUGAGAGCGUCGGUGUCCGGGAAGGUGAUGCGAGCGCCAAAGUCCCCUCUGCUCCCCCAACAACAUCAACCAACAGUCCAGCGACAACCAGAGAGGCUCAAAGCCCCCCAACUAAUGCUAACGGAGCUCGCAACGGAAACGGGCAUGCCAAUGAUGGCAGAGGGAAUGGCAGAGGAAACGGGACCAUUCAAGGAGCGUUGACAGGAAGAGUUAACGGGGCGAGUGGGACAAACAGGUCCCCUUUGUCCUCUGUCAACUCCCUGGUCAAUCAGGAGCUAUCCACAGCUGAGUACGCGUCCAUACGAAAGUUUAGAAAGGUUGACAAGUUAAGCAGGAAGGAGAAUAACGGAGGCGACAGCCAGUCAGACAGCCAGUCGAGCGUGAGUGAUUCACCCUCCACUGCUCCUCCUCCACUGCACCGCAGCCAGGAGUUCCCACGCAAGACGCUGGAACCAUUUCACCUGCACUCCUUCCCAAAGGAACCAGUGUUCAUGGGAAAUGGAGAGCAGUACAUCUGGAAGCCUCCAGAAGAAGAUGAGAUCAUCACCUUGCACGCACCUCCACACCGAGGAGAGAACGGACUCGGGCAUCCAUCCCCACCAACUGCAAAAGAGAUUGCAGAUACCUACUCCAUCGUAUGUAAAACCCAGAAAAAGAAACCUCCUAUGGAGCACAACGGCGCGAAGACCCUCCCACGCUCCUUCGGGGGAGAUAGGGGAAACCAGGGUUCUCGAGGCCGAGGCCGGGGAGUCCAGGGCCAGGCGCGUUCCCAGGAGGAGCCCUGCUACGAGCCGGUAGGAGACAAGUCUUGGUCCUCUCCAGUGCCAGAGACGGAUCCGGCGUACGCUAGUAUUGACACCCAGCGGAAACGUGAGCAAGUGGCUACCAGUACUAGCACAGGUGGGGGUAGUGCCACUCUGAAGAGGAAGAAGCAGACACCCCAGCAGGCAGCACCAGCGGGACCUCAAAGCUCAGGACCCCCCGCCCCUUCUGCUAGAAACCUCCCUGGUGGGGAACAUUUCUAUGAGACCAUCAGCGAUGUAAAACAGGGGGCAAACAGCUCCAGCACUACUACCAUCUUCACCUUCAACGAUGGGAUGGAGAUGUACGUCACUGGCCUGUAGCACACUGGUGAGCAGAGGAGCCCCAGAGGCCACUGGUAUUGAUUCCAGGGGUCUUCCUGUUCACCGGCCAGCAGGUUGCUGUACAUAGACACAAGGCAGGCCCUCUAUAGUCAAUCAGCGUAAGGAUCCAUUUUGUGUUGACAUCAGGUACAAACAGGGUCUUAAUUCAGGUUCAGACAUCCUUUGAUCGGUGUAUAUUUCAGAACCAGCCUAAGCCUAGUCCAGCCCAAAUAUGGACCAAAUGCAUUUGAACAAAAAGGAAAAACACAUUCACACAUCUGGAGAAUUCAUCUUCGAUGUUAUAUGUCACACUGGCCAUAUCCACCUGUUUGUGCAUCAUAUCCCAUAACAUUUUUAUUUUUAUAUGGACACUGCUCACCUAAAAAAGAACUUUUUUUAAACACUU